UAUAUUGAAAUAAUAUAAACAAAAAUGAGUGCCGCUGCAUCUGUUAGUGACAGAAAAUUAUAAAAUGAAAUAAAAAAUAAUAAAUAUAAAUUUCAAUAUUUGCCAAAAUAAACAUUUCAUAGUUUUGUGGUGUGGUAACAAAAAGUUGAAUAGAAUUGGCGAGCAAAAUGUGCGCUUCAUUAAUUGCUCAAGUGCAGUGCAGCAGCAGCAUCAAUUAAUUGACGACAAUUGAAGUGCAAUAACAACACCAGCAGCAACAGCAACAACAACAACAACAAUAGACGGCUCUUAUUGCAAAUUUCUUGCAAAUGUGAAACAUAUUACAUAGUGCGUGACCCCCCAAGCUUCAGAAUAUAGCCGAACACAAUACAACAACUAAUUGCUGAGCCAUUGACCAACAACAUUGUGCUUUAUGUUUAGCCCAAAGGCAACAACAGCGACUAGCGUUCGGCAUUCCGGCGUUCAAUAAAUUGGCUUCCCUUAACCACAACAAAAACAACAACUGUCUGAGAACAACUGAAACAAGUGAUUGCCAGCGUCACAACAACACACCCCGAAAAGAGUACAAAUAACGCACUUAUAGUAAAGCUCACAAAAACCACAACCACAACAACAACAACAAAAAACAAAAAACAAAAUGGAUUUCGAUCAAAUUCUUGCCAAAUGCGGCGAUUUCCAUCGUUAUCAGUUCAUGAUACUCGCACUCUUCGGCUUUAUCAACAUCAUCGUAUCAAUGCACUACUUCACCCAAACUGUGAUAAGUUUUGUGCCCGACCACUGGUGUUAUCACGAAAAACUAGUGAAUAUGACUUAUAAGGAAAUAGCUGAGAUCUACACAAAUCCGAAUAUCACAAAUCCCUCGUGCACCCGUCUUGACGACAUUAUUGGUCACAAUGUGACUGUCAGCAACAAGACUUGCGAGAAAUGGAUCUAUAACUAUGAUUUCGGCUAUAGAAGCAUGAACACCGAGUUAAACUGGGUCUGUGAUUCAGCUUACAAGGCGCGUGUGGGACAAUCCUUGUUCUUCAUUGGCUCCGUUGUAGGCACCUUAUUCUAUGGCCUGUUGUCCGAUAAAAUCGGACGAGUCCCUGCACUGAUAUUGUCAAAUUUCUGCGGCUUUGCCGGAGAUUUCUCAACCAUAUUCACAAAGAGCGUGGCGACCUUUACGCUCUGCCGUUUCAUAUCGGGUCUGGCUGCCGAUACCAACUUCUAUCUCAUGUAUAUUAUAGUUCUUGAAUAUAUAAGACCCAGCAUGCGCACACUUGGUCUCAAUAUGGCUGUGGGUCUGUUCUACUGUAUGGGUCUGGUGGUGACACCCUGGCUGGCUGUGUGGGCCGGACACUGGAAGAUAUAUUUGGCCUGCACCUCGCUGCCCAUUCUGCUGGUCACCCUCUACUACUUUGUGGUGCAGGAGAGCGCCCAAUGGCUGGUCACACGCAAUGACAUCGAUGGUGCCAUCAAGCGACUCAAGCGUGUGGCUAAGUUCAACGGUUGUCGUGUCACGCAGGCGGAGUUCGAUGAGUUCCGGCGGCAUUGCCAGAUCACCAGAGAAAUGCAGGGUGGCGAUGAUAAGAAGCAUGCGACCCUGCUGGACAUGUUCAGGACGCCGCGCAUGCGCAAGAAUACGCUUAUUCUGUUCUUCAAGAGCAUGGUCAUCACCCUCUGCUACGAUGCGGUAUCCCGAAAUGUGGAGGGCAUGGGCAUCUCCCCCUUCGUCAUGUUCUCACUGAGCGCGCUGGCCGUGUUGCCGUCGAGCAUUUUGUUGGUCCUGCUACAGGAUCGCAUUGGACGCAAGGGCAUGGCCUCAGGCUCCUUGUUGGUGGGUGGCUUGUUCACGGCAGCUGCCGGCAUUGCCAUUGCCUACCAGCAGCAUAAUCACAAUGCCAUAUUGCUGGCCUGUCUGACGAUUGCGGCGCGCUUCGGAGUGGCCAUCUCGUAUGAGUCGGGCAGCCAAUAUGCCACAGAAUUAAUACCCACUUGUGUGCGAGGGCAGGGCGUGGCGGCGGUGCAUGUGGCUGGAUUUGCGGCCUCCUUCCUGGCACCCUACAUUCUAUGGCUGGGCACGUUCUUCAAGGCAGCGCCCUCCAUCAUAUUGGGUGUGCUCUUCUUUGCGGGCUCCUUUGUCUGUCUGCUGCUGCCCGAAACACUCAACAGAACGUUGCCCACCACCAUUGAGGAGGGCGAAGUCUUUGGCAAGGGCGAACGUAUGUUCGACUUCCCAUGUCUGAAGCACCAUGAUGAUGACGAUGAUGAUGACGAUUCGGAACUGGAGAAGUACAAGCGCAAGCAUUCACUCAUUGAUGCCAAGCAGCAAGUCGAGUCUGGUCAGUACAACAAACGCAAGCAGUCACUGAUCGAUGCCGAUCGCGAGGAGCAAGCCCUCAAGGAUGCAAAGCAUUGAGAAAUGUCGUCAAAUGUAAAACCCCUAGUUUAUAGUUUAGUUAAUCAAUUUUUGUCUAGACCACACACAACUGAACUCAACACCAGAAUCCAGAAUGCAGAAGCAACAAGCAACAAACAAACCAACAAAUCAACCCAAGCAGCAAGUUCCAUUUAAAUGAAACAAUUCAAAACUUUUUCUCAUAAUAUUCAACACCUUCAAAAUGUGCUCAGUAUGAGGUGAAGACGCCUUUUUCUAUACAUAUUAUAUACAUAUAUAUAUAUAUAUAGGCUUAAGUAAUUAUAUAUUCAUAUAUAUUUAUACUUGGUACGUAUUUAGGGAAUAACUGUAAAUGCUAGCCACAAACAAGUGCAUACAAUAUAUAGUAUUCGCACUGUAGAACCUUUGUUCGUUUUGUAUAGAGAAACAUUUUUCCUUUUCCUUUUUCCAAAUUACUCGUAAAAAGUGGAGGUGUAAAGAAAGAAAUCGGAUAGUUAACAUUUAAGCGGCACAAUUUCACUUAACGAUUAAUGAAAUACUUAUGUACUAUUUCUUCAUAAGUAGUCCCUAGAAUGUACACGAUUUUGAUUUGAUGCAAAACUACGCUAAACUCUAAUACAAAAUUACUGAUAAUAAUUAAAGAAAUAGGAAAAAAUACAUAACUACAAAAUGA